CCAAUUGGCAGUUCCCUCUCUCGGGAAUGAAGGAUAAAAGUCAGAAAACAACUGAAGAGCCUUAGGGAAAUGAGAUUGCCUAGAAGUGGGAUGGAAAUGCAGGGGAAGGUGAAGUCAGACUAUCCAGGACAAAGCUCUUAUUCCUGGAUUUUUGAAGAAAAGGGAACGAGGUGAACUAGUUGCCAGGACAACGGACUGUUGGGGCAAGGAAAUGGGAGACCUGUGGUUGCUCCUGCUCCUGCCCCUGUCCCUGGCAGGCUUCCAUGGGGUCAAAGGCUGCUUGGAAUGUGACCCCAAAUUUGCAGAAGAUAUUGGGUUCUUGCUGGCAGAGAUUGUACCCUCAGAAGUCCCAGGCCGAGUUCAUCUGCUUGAACGGCAAAUUAAGGAGAUGAUCCGUUUAAGCAUCAAGGUCUCCCACAGGGACAAGAUGCUUCGGGUAUUGGCUGUUGAUGAUGUUAUCAAGUUGAGAAUAUGGCUGAAGAAUGAACUUUAUAAACUGGGCAAUGAAACAUGGAAAGGUGCCUUUAUCCUUCAAGGCAAGCUUCUCGAUGUCCGCCUAAACCUGGAAUCCAAACUGAAAGAGAUGUUAAAGAACUUCUCUGAAGUUGCUUGUUCUGAAGAUUGCGUCGUGACUGAAGGUCCUAUCCUGGAUUGUUGGACCUGCCUUCGCAUCACCUCCCCAUGCUUCAGAGGAGAGUAUUGUGGAGAAGAGGAUUCAAAGAAGGCUGAGAAUCGAGAGAUUGCACUAUUUCUGAUAUUGCUAACAGAAGUUGUGAUAUUGGGAAGUGCUUUGAUACUAUUCCAUAUUUGUGUGCUUCAUCGGAGGAAAAUGAAGGCAAUACGAAGGUCAUUAAAGAAAUAUUUGGAGAAGAAACUUGAAGAAUUAAUGGGGAUGACAGAUGAGAAGGCAAAGGAUGAUUUGGGAAUCAGAUAGUAAAUACAAUACAGGAGGUCUUUCACAAUUCUCUUAAGUGUUGACUCAGAACAGAAAACUCAGAAUUAAGCUGUUUUGUGGUCAUAAAGUCAUAGUGUUUUAAAAAACUGAAAAGGAGGUUCUCUAGUAAAGAGCCUUAUGCUAUCCUGAGGCAAUGGAGGCAAUGAAAGGGCAAAUGAUAUACCCAGAGUUGUACAGAAUGGAAUGCUGGUAUGUUGCAAUGUACAUAAAGAUGAUACACUGCAUGAUAAUAAAAAUGCAUGGUUGGUAACUCUCAUCAGUGGCUGUAAUUAGAGUAUUUCAGUUUCUAAGGCUGCUUACUUCUUUUUAUUUUCUUACUGUUUCUGUAUUCAUCAUUUGGUUCAACAUAGACAAUUUCUUCAAUAAUAUGUAACAAUUAAUCUUCAUCAUGCUAUCUCACACACACAUCCAAAAUAUUAGAUCUGAAUAGUUGAGAAUUGCCCAUUUUUCUCUAAAUCUAUGUUCCAUGACUGAAUUGGAUAUUAAUUUAUAUUCCUUUGAGUUGUUUCUACUGAAUACCUCUUAUAUGGAUGGCAGCCUAUGAAAUGCUUUAUAUCUAUAUCUAACAGAACUCUCACAAUAAUCUUAAAACUUGGAUAAUCUGGAUACUUUUAAUACAGGUACAAAUUAGUAAUAUUGACAUAGGAAGAAAAAAAUAACCCACAAUUGCCAAUAUUCUUUAAAGAAAUUUAAAUGGUAUGAGCACUACUGAAAAAAACAGCCAUGUGUAAGGAAAAACCUUGAAUGAUAUACAACAGGUUGACUUUGAUGUCUACCUGGAAUGUGAAACUAUGAUGUCUUCCCAGAUUUAGUGUCUGGUACUUCAUUGCAUCAUUUACUAAAGUAGGGAAUACAGGAGAACAAGUAAAUUUGAUUGAAAUGGCCAAAGUUCUGUUUUGAAAAUACUAAGUAUUGAUUUUGUUGUGCUUUCAAAAACAGAUAUUCAUUGACUGUUUGGAUUUACAUUUAAGAAUAUAGCAAGAAGAUCAAAGCUAAUGAAAUGUAUUUCGAAGCACUUGAACAAAGCAAGUAGUGACCCUGAAAGUAAGACUUAGAUCUCCAGAUAGAAGGUAGAGAAUUAAGUCAUGAAAGACCAAGGAUAGAUUACUACAAAUCCCCACAUGAUGGUAAUAUUUAAAUAUAACUGUUCUAUAUAGUCUUACUCCUUUGAAAGACUUUGAGAUGCUGACCUUGUGUUGAAGUCCCAUCAGCUUUAGGACUAUUGCUUUUCCAGUGUAUGAUUCUUCCACCUUAUUGUAAUUACUUUAUAAUAAAUCCAAGCGUGGUCUUUAUCAUUUCCAGAAUUGCCAGUAUGAGGAG